AUGGUCGUACAAGAAGAAGCAUCGUUGGCAUUCAAGAAAUCUGUAUACGUCGUGUAUCAUGCAGAACGAGAAUUAGUGCAGAUUUACUUUGAUAAAGAGGCCACAGCCUCCCAUGCUGACAUUUGGCUCUAUCGACAAGAAGUGGACAAAGAGACGGGAAUUAAGUGGCUUGUGAAUGAUGAUCGUACGAUUCGAAGCAAGUGGUUAUUGUACGACCAAGUUUUGCCUCUCCAUGACAAACCCGUAGUCUUUUUGAAUGUAACUGUGACGGUACCACGCAAUGCUAGUUACUUAGCUAGAGCUGAGUAUGGACCUAAUUAUAUGACACCGAUCACGAUGAGAAUGGAGUGCAUUGAGAACAUGCUUAAUGGAUACACAUUUUACAAGACGUCGUUCAUGAUGAAAGUACGAUACGUUGCUAUGUUUGUGGUGCUUACCGCAAUUGUAACGUUACUGGCUACAAACUAUAUCCCACCAUUGAGGCGAGCUAUGAGAAUUAAAAUGAGAGUGAAAGCACGAGCCCUUGAAGCAGCGCAACGAGGAUCUGACAAGUAUUUUGUCUAA